UCCGAGCGGAUGGCUGCGAACAAAGCGCCAAACUUUUUCCAAAUCAAGCUAAUGGAUUGGAAAAGCUCGCCACGACAGGCACGGGGAUGGGGGGGUUCCCAGAGAGAGAGAGAGAGAGAGAGAGAGAGAGAGAGAGAGAGAGAGAGACAGAGACAGAGAGACAGAGAAAGAGGGGGAGACAGAGAGAGAUAGGAAGAGAGAGAUAGGAAGAGAGGAAGAGAGAGAGAGAGAGAGAGAGAGAGAGAGAGAGAGAGAGAGAGAGAGAGAGAGAGGACUCGGCCCCAGCUUGCCGCCUGGCUCCUGAUUGACAGGUGGGUGGAGGAUAAGAGGAGGUGGCGGGCCCCGUCAGGUCCGCUAGCGGGGGCUGACGGAGCAGUAGACGGACGCACGCUGAAGGGAGCGCGAGGAGACGACUUCAGCAACGACGAACACCGUCCGGGACCCCAGCGCUCCGAUGGUCCCCACGCCGGGACCCCCGCGGUGUGCGGCGCUGCUUCUGUGCUGCCUGCUGCUCCGGACCCUCCCGGCGGCGGACCCCCAGGCGCGGGUGGCGCCCGUCGACCUGCGGCGCUUCGUGGGCUGCGCGGUCCGAGAGUUCACCUUCCUGGCCCGGAAGCCCGGCUGUGGGGCGCUGCACAUCACCACUGACGCCUGCUGGGGGCGCUGUGAGACCUGGGAGAAGCCGGUGGUGGAGCCGCCCUUCCUGGAGGUGCACCAGCGCGUGUGCACGUACAACGAGACGCGGACGGCCCGCGUGCGCCUGCCCGGCUGCUCCCCGGGGGUGGAGCCAACCUACAGCUACCCCGUCGCCCGGAGCUGCCACUGUGGCGUCUGUCUCACCAGCACCACCGAGUGUCUCACCUCCGCCUGACGCACACAUGUGACACACACAUGUGACACACACAUGCAUGCACACAAACACACACGCAAAGACAAACAUGCAUACACAUAUUCACAUUUGUACACAUGAUGCACAUACACACACAAACACACCCAAGACAAGCAUCACACACACACACACACACACACACAACUACAGAGCAUGCAAGCACAAACAUGUACACAAAUGCUGACAUGUAUUUACAAACAGACAUAUGUAUGAGGUGUGUGCAGAUAUGCACACUAUCUCACAGUGCCUUAACACACACACAAUACAUCAAAUGUGCAAGCGCACACACACACAUACAAGCAAACACACACACAAGCACACAUAUGCACGCACAGAGGCAGACAUAAACCAAUCUCUGCUGUAAGACUUCAUCUGCUGCAUCAUUGGAACUGACCAAGUGUGUUAAAAUGUACACAUGUGUAUUUCUGACUACUUUUAUCAAUAAACUUGGUUAUCAGCGUUA